AUGGGCAACGUAGCUUCCUCAGCGGGGGACCUUCGUGAGCACAUGUAUGUCGAAGACACCAAAAUCAAGCUACAGUAUCGAACCGAUCGCUUUCAUUUUGUCAUCUGCGUUGCAGCUGGAUCGGGGAAGAGUUCACUGAUCAACGCCUUUCGAGGCAUUAAGGCGAAGAGUCCGGGGACAGCUCCGGUGGGGAUCGUUGAAACAACUUCUGAGGUCACACGGUACUCCGAUCGUCGCCCGGGGAUGCCAUACGAGCUAUUUGUAUGGUACGAUAUCCCGGGUGCAGGCACUGCCGGCGUACCCCAGGGGAAGUACUUCAUCACGCAAGGACUGUUCAUCUUUGACUUCAUUAUUCUGGUAUACGAUACCCGUUUCACGGAGAUCGAUGCCGAAAUUCUUGCGAACUGCCGCGAGUUCGACGUUCCCGUUUUCAUCGUUCGAUCCAAAGCCAACCAGCACAUUCGUAAUAUGUUAGAUACCGACGAAGACCUUACACCUACCGAAGCGCGCGAGCAAUACAUCGUCGAAACUAGACAGAAUAUCGAAGCGAACCUCAGUGGGCUGAACCUCUACGACGAAAAGUCUCGCUGCUAUAUAGUCUCGAGCAACAUCAUGUACAGUAUGAUCAAGGGGUUCGAGACCGCCGUCGACGGCGCAAACUGCCACCAAGGAAAAAUGCGGAGGAUUACAUAG